AUGGGCCACACUCCCCCUCUAUCUCUCCCCUCUGCUACUGAUGCCACUGCUGCUGCUGCUGCUGCUGCUGCUGCUGCUGCUGCUGCUGCUGCUGCUGCUGCUGCUGCUGCUGCUGCUGCUGCUGCUGCUGCUGCUGCUGCUGCUGCUGCUGCUGCUGCUGCUGCUGCUGCUGUUGCUGCUACCACCAGCACUUCUUGCCUUCGCUGCUGCAUCGGCUGCUGCUCCUUCCGCUCCUUUUUCUGCCGCCACUGCUUCCGCUUCCCACUCCUCCGCCUUCCCUCAUCCGCCUUCCCCAAAGCCUCCGAAACUCCCCCAGGCCCCUGCACCCCCUGCCUCCCCUGCCCCCCAGGCCCCUGCCACCCUUCUCUCCUCCAGAUUCCUCUCCUCGCACCGCUCGCGUCUCGCCGCCUGGGUGCUGUUUUCCCGAUCGCAGCCGUCCGUUCAACCGACGCGCCAUCUCCCACCGCAUCUCCACCGUUGGUUACUGCUUCCGCCCGCGCUGCUGCUGCCCUUAAGGGCGCGCGCCUGCUUUGUGGCGCGCGGGCAGUGCGGAACGGAUUGGACGGCGCGGAAAGGGUGGGGGAAGGGGAAGGCAGCGGAAAACGCGCGAGCAGCUUUUGCUGA